CUUCUUCCUUCUUCUAUUCCUAUUUUCUAGAGGUGCUCCCCUAGAGUGAGCCAUUUUCAGUGCAUUUCUUUAUCAAGUAAUUUCGGGUGUGUUAUAGUUGGUAUCAGAGACACCAAUCUUUGUGUAUCCAUCUAUGGAAAUGGUGGAAAUGGAAGAAAUUCUUUCAUCAUUACUCAAAAUCAAGCAGUUGGUCGAACAAUCACAACCACGUCAUGAAGUUAUCUUGCAGACAUUCAGAGGUGUCAGGAACAACUUUGAAGAUUUCAGAAACAACUUCAAUAAAGAUUUAACUGAUCUGAAACACCAGGUUUGUGCGAUGCAAGAAGAAGAACACACGGAGGGUGAUCUCGAUUCGAUUCCUCUUUCCUCUGUUUUCAAAAAUCCCGUCUUAUUUCUUCAACCUUUAGAUCUCCCUUUUCAUCUUUCGUUUCCUUCCUCCAUCAACGCACGAUCGGAUGUUGAUCUCGUCGAGAAGGAGUAUUUCAUCAAUAAUGGGGCCAAGAACCAAAUCACCAUGAAACCCAUCAACACUGUCUUCAAAGUUAGGAGUCUGAUUGGCCAUAGAUUCAGUGAUGCUUCUGUUCAAAGUGACAUUACAUUGUGGCCAUUCAUGCCCAUCGUUUUUGUCAUUUGCAGGAGAGAAGCCCAUGCUUCUUUGCGUCUGGUAUGGCAUCCCCCAUGGAAGUUCAUCCAAAAUUUAUGGGGCCUUUUGACUCCUCCGAUGGCUGAAGAGUACACCCUCUCACUUGAUUCAUAUUUCCUACACCAAGACUACAACAAAAGAAAUCCCAAAUCGUGUCUUGUAAUGGUAGCUCCGGCUAUGGUAAUGGACCUAGAGCCUUCGUCUGAGCCACUAUCUUCAUUCUUCUCCACUAGAUCUAAGCGCCUUAGCAUCUCGACGGACUAGACCUCCAACGAGGACGAUAUGUACAGCUACCUGAAGACGUUGCAACGGCAACUGGAUACCUACCAUCACCGUCGCCAAUGUCAACAAUCUCAUCCAGCUCUGCAACACCAUAUUACCCAGCUGAGAACGAGGUGUCUCAUAGCCUACAUCAAGCUCUGCAACAGCGACAUCGUAAUACUCAAAUCUCGACGACACCGUGAUGUCUCCUUCACACUUAUCUCCUCAUUCCGAUUCUUCAGCAACAAAUGCUACGCCUAUGUGGACUCCCUCUAAGCUGGAUUUCAAUUGGGCAAAAUUGACCAGAGCAUUCAGUUCUAAGCAUACUACGAGUGAAGUUGUUGGCAUUGUGACUUGGGAAUGACUAAUUUCUAGGUUGCUGUCACGAAGGGAAAUAAUUCAAAAAUUACUGAGAAACUGUUUGAUGAAAGGCUUGAGAGAGGGCUUGGGAGGAAAUUAUUUCCUUUGCAACCAUAUGCAUUCAAGUGGAUAAAAGAGAUAGCCACAAAUUUGUUUCAUCUGAAGAAAACUCCUCAAAUGGUAGAAUUCGUGGAUGAUAGCAAGGAGGUGGAGGAGCUAUUGAGCUUACCCCCUGAAAAGGUUUUACUGAAAUGGAUGAAUUUUCAUAUGAAGAAAGCUGGCUAGAGAAACAAGUUACCAACUUCUCCUUUGACGUGAAGGAUGAAAGAGGGCCAUUUUAUUGGCGAGGUCUGCUUGAAGGUGCAUAACUUGUUACUUACUACCUGCCUCUCAACUUGUUUCAAGGGUGUUCGUGUUGCUGAUUUGCAAUGUCUUCAUUUCAUUCUUCAUCUUCUUUGGCUGAUCGUUGUUCGACCAAAAAAGAGGAGAACAUCCAAAAAAAGAGAAAAGGACAUACGAAAGAGAGUGUUGCUUCUUCUUAAUAAUCGGAAAGAGCUUGAAAGUCAAUUAAAGAUAUUAGGAUCAAGAUCAAAUGGAAGAUUAAGUAUAUGUUGGGGACUUCUUUGUAUGUGUUAAUAGGUUUAUCAAUUUUGUUAAGUUAGUGUUUUCAAUGUAGCCCAACUGUGUACCAGGCUGGUGACCUGUUGUAAUAUGCAGUGUUGUUAUGUUUUCAAUGCAGUCCUACUGUACCAGACCUAUUAUACAAAACUUAUUAUGUGUUCAA